AUGGAUAGUCCAGUGGCAGCAAAUAUAUUUGGUAUUGUUGGUGUAAUACUUUGGAGUGUGCAGCUGCUUCCUCAGAUCAGAUGGAAUUAUGUUAGAAAGAGUACAGAGGGUGUUUCUAUUGUUUGUUUCACCUCUUGGUAUCUAGGUGGUCUAGUUUUGGCACCUUACUUGGUGGCAACAGAUAAAGCUCCACCCUUAGUAGUUCAAAUAGUAGUGUUCUCUUUAUUAGUAUUAGUUAUCCUAUUUCAACAUUUCUAUUAUGAUAGAAAAAAAGAUUUAAAAAUGUUAAUGGCAGUAUUGUUUUUUAUUAUUGGUGCCUCAGUUGGAAUUACCUAUGGUCUCUAUAGGCUGAUGAAAGGUUACAAAGAAGAAGAAUUUAAGAUUUCCGUUGUUAUUACAGUGUUGUCUGCUAUUUUUAUGGCGGGUGGAUUCAUUCCAGCGGUCUAUGAGAUCGUGAGAGCACAGUCUGCCGAAGGUCUCAGUAGAAUUUUUGUUGCAAUGGACUUUUUGGGUGGAAGUUCAUCGAUUUUGUCUUUGGUUUUCAUUGUACCUUUCGACUACCUGGCCUCUGUUAGUUAUGCCAUCGUGCCAUGUUUCGAAGGAACCAUCUUCAUCAUGAGUUUCUACUAUGGAACUCAAGUGAAGACUGCCAAUAUCCAAUAUGAUACCGAUCACGUAUUCAAUAGAAAUAGAUCUAGAUCCGCAAGAACCAGAUCUGACAUUGAAAUAGGUAGUUCGAAAAUGGAAAAACUUAAAGAAAAAGAAACUACAACAACAACGACAACAGUUACCUUAUCACAACCAUAA